CGCUAUACAUUUCUUGUCGAUCGUGAUCUACAUCGUGUGUUCGCGGGACUUUUCGAAGAAUUACACCUUUUCCGUGAUUUUUACAGUUCGUCAAGGUAUGUUCGAGCUUUAAACUUGAUUUGGGAGUCUUGUUUGAGUGUCACAAUUUGAGAAUCCGAGAAAGAUACAGGCAGAUUGUCAUUGGAAAUGAUGGAGGAUGAGCACAGAGAUCAACAGAAUGGCAGAACUAUUUGCCAGACGUUGGACCUCUCCUCCACCAAUCUUGCUGCGUUUUCCGUCAGCAAAGCCAACUUGGAAACCUGCUCCAAUCUCAUCUUGGACUACAACGACCUCUCCGUUUUACCUGAGGAUGUCGGAGGAGUGCUCCAGGGCCUCCGUGUGCUGUCCUUGACCGGCAACCAACUGGAGAAACUUCCUACUUCUCUGGGGAAACUUGAAAACCUGAAGGAGCUAUCGGUGUCGGAGAACAGCCUGACGUCUCUGCCCAAAUCCCUGGCGACUCUGAGUAGCUUAACUGUGCUGAAACUGGUCGGGAAUAAACUGAAGGAGCUCCCAGAAGAGUUUGGAGCUCUCAAAUCCCUGAGGAGAUUAGAACUGGAUGAGAAUCGGUUGACGGCGCUUCCUGAAUCCUUUGGACUCCUUGAGAGCUUGGAGGUUUUGGAAGCUGGGGAUAACUCACUGGAAGCACUCCCUUCAAACUUUGGAUUGCUAAAAUGUUUAGAGAUACUAAACUUGAGCAGUAACCGUCUAGCAACCUUGUCCGCAACGUUAGGAUCACUGCCUUCCUUGCGAUGGGUAGAUCUAUCUGGUAAUAAAUUGACCGAGCUGGUGGACAAUUUGGAUUCAUGCCGUUGCCUGGAAAAGCUCUUUCUCACUGGCAAUAGGUUGAGCACCCUUCCAGAUUGGAUCGGGAAGCUUCCAAAGCUGCAGGAAAUCAGCCUCAGGGAUAAUCAACUGAAACACAAGCCGCUGCCUGAAUCGUUUGGUGAAAGCAGCCAGGAGGGUCUUACGUACUUGGACAUGUCUGGGAACUUCAUUACAGAGCUUCCGUCCACGCUUGGGUUGCUAACCCGACUAGAUUUCCUCCAUCUCGGAAGUGUAAUUGGGGUUCUGGAGCGACAGAACUUCCAAAACGGGAACUGGAUCGAGAGGCUUCCGGACAACUUUGGCAACCUGACCCUUUUGCGGGAACUCAGGGCCGAGGAGAACCAACUGAGCUCUCUGCCGGAGAACUUUGGCGAGCUGGUCUCCUUGGAGUUAUUGGACCUGGGUCAGAACAUGCUGCGAAGUCUCCCAGACUCCUUUGUCAAGUUGAAGAAGCUUCGGGUGUGCCUGCUGUCCAAAAACAAUAUCGAGGUGCUACCAGAAGAAUUCGGAAACUUGGACGGGCUUUUAGAUUUACGAUUGGAUAGCAACAGAUUGACAGCGUUGCCAGACUCUUUCAACCGACUCACCAACCUGGAAACCCUGGACCUGUUUGACAAUCACCUGACCGAGCUGCCCAAGGUGCUGAACUACCUGGACAAAUUACAGCGGUUGGAUCUCGACGAGAAUGAUUUUGACAUGCCAGCCAUAUCCGUGCCAAACUUCACCAAGCCCAACCGGUACCCAUCCGCAGGAAAAUCACUCACCAGUAAAAACUGGCGGACGAAGAUACGACCAGACGAGCUCCUUUGUUCACAGAAGACCACAGAGGUUGAAGAAUCAGAAGUAAGGAAGGAUACCGAUGAACAAACUCCGAAAAUUAAAUGGACAAGUGUCCUCGCCCAGGCACUGCGCAAAGGGACAUCCAUGUGGCAGUCGCACGAGGGCGCCAGCACCAGAAAAUCCAGCGGCAGUGAGUCACCCGAGGAGUCCAACUCGCGGCAGUCUCACGGAAGUAGGGCGACCUACUCCUACAGUGAUGACGAUGACUUGGCCGAUCUGGAUGAUGAUCAACAAAGUGAUGGCGCCCUCUCUCAGCCAACAGGGGAGAUGAUGGUUACCUCUGAAGAAAACUGGGAUGAGGAACUUGAGGAUGUCUCCUGUUAUGAACACGACAGGAUUUAUCAACAUCCCCUGAACGGUCUACACAAGCCAGGAAGCCUUGAUCCUUCCUUCGCAUUCACUCCUUCUGACGGCCACGCUAUGAAUCUGCCGAGUCCGUGCAUCAACGCCGAUGCGGAGGAGGGGCAGUUUGAUGACGCUGAUGAAUAA